CAAGUGACGCUCAAAAUCGAUCAAAAACCCCAAAACCCAUCUCAAUCUACUUUCUUUCAACGAUCCUACACCAACCAUCAUCCCUUUCAUCAUCCUCAACACUCAAUAAACAAAACCCAAUCCCUAUUUUCUCCUCAUUUAUCCUCUCUCUCUCUCUCUCUCUCUGUCUCUCGCAGCAAUGGGAACGAACUCUUCCAAAAACUCAGAGAGCUCCCAUGGCGGUGAGAGGCAUCCCGAUGGCGGCAGCCAACUUUACGUCUCUCUCAAGAUGGAGAACUUCAAUAUCAAGAACAACGAUCUCAUCCCUCACGUCUACGGCUCUUCACCCGUCAUCGGCUCUUGGGACUCCUCAAAGUCUCUCCCCAUGGAGAAGGACUCUCCCUCUAUGUGGGAGCUCAGCUUCGUCAUCCCCUCAGACCACGAAACAUUGGAUUUCAAGUUCUUGUUGAAGCCCAAGUACAGCAAUGCGCCCUGUGUUGUUGAAGAGGGGCCUAAUAGAUUGCUGACUCGUGGAAAUUUGGAAGGGGAUGCGAGGAUGGCGAUGUUUAGGCCACUUGGGGAUGAAGAUUUGGUGGUGGAGAAUAGGGUUUUCAUUAAGGCCGAUAUUGUUUCUCCGUUUGAUCUCGCGGCAAGUUGGAGGGCUUAUAGAGAGAAUUUUCAGCCUUCGACGGUUAGGGAUAUUCCGGAUGUUAGUAUAAAUGCUGGUCCCGAUGCUGGAAAUGAGAAUGGUUCAUCAGCUAGCAUGGAGCUUGAUUUAGAGCAAUAUCUAGUCCCAUUACCGAGUUCUGCCAACUCUAGUUCUGUUUAUGCAGCUAACUUGACGGAGACUCCAAGAGCAUUUGGUCGUACUAGUGUUCUCUCAAAGACUGAUGGCUUGACUAGUGGUUCACAUGGUUCCACUAGUACUGCCGCUAGUUCCGUGGAGUAUGCUUCUUCUAAAAAGGAUAUGGAGGUUGUAGUCCCUGGUCCUUCAAUAGUUUUUCCAGUUUCUGGUAUGGUUGAAUCCAAGUCAGUUGGCACAUUUUCACCAUUACAAAAGCAAGAUGGUCAAAGAGGGCUUUUUGUUGAUAGGGGCGUGGGCUCUCCUCGGCUUGUUAAAUCAGCUAGUGCAAGUUUAUUCAAUAACGAGCUCAAAUCCAAAUCUGAAGCGAAGAAAGCCAUGCCAGCAGCAGCUGGAGCUGUUGCAGCUGCUGCAGUAGCUGAUCAGAUGCUUGGACAAAAGGAGGACACCCGUCUGGCAAUUGUUCUGGUUGGGUUGCCAGCUCGAGGCAAAACUUUUACAGCAGCAAAGCUUACAAGGUAUCUUAGGUGGCUAGGCCAUGAAACCAAGCAUUUCAAUGUUGGAAAGUAUCGCCGUCUUAAGCAUGGAACAAAUCAGUCUGCGGAUUUCUUUCGAGCUGACAACCCCGAAGGAAUGGAGGCACGAAAUGAGGUUGCGGCAUUAGCAAUGGAUGAUAUGAUAUCGUGGAUGCAGGAAGGAGGUCAGGUUGGUAUAUUUGAUGCCACAAACAGCACCAGGAAAAGAAGAAAUAUGCUUAUGAAAAUGGCUGAAGGAAAGUGCAAGAUCAUAUUUCUGGAAACGAUAUGUAAUGAUGGACGGAUAAUCGAAAGAAAUAUACGUUUAAAAAUCCAACAAAGUCCUGAUUAUGCUGAAGUGCCGGAUUUCGAAGCUGGACUUGUGGAUUUUAAAACACGGUUAACCAAUUAUGAAAAGGUUUAUGAGCCGGUUGAAGAGGGUUCUUAUAUCAAAAUGAUUGAUAUGGUCAGUGGUCAUGGUGGGCAAAUACAGGUCAACAACAUCAGCGGAUAUCUUCCUGGUCGGAUCGUCUUUUUCUUGGUCAAUACCCAUCUGACACCUCGGCCGAUUCUGCUUACUCGACAUGGCGAGAGUCGAGAUAAUGUCAGAGGAAGAAUUGGGGGUGACUCAGUUUUGAGUGAAGCUGGGGAACUUUAUCCCAAAAAGCUUGCCAACUUUGUAGAGAAGCGACUAAAAUUUGAGAGGACUGCUUCUAUAUGGACCAGUACUCUUCAGAGGUCAAUAAUAACUGCAAGCCCAAUUGUUGGAUUUCCAAAGAUUCAAUGGCGUGCUCUUGAUGAGAUAAAUGCUGGUGUUUGUGAUGGAAUGACAUAUGAAGAAAUAAAAAGAAACAUGCCCGAAGAAUAUGAAUCUCGCAAGAAAGAUAAGCUGAGAUAUCGAUAUCCUCGGGGGGAAUCAUAUCUUGAUGUCAUUCAGAGAUUGGAACCUGUAAUUAUUGAGCUCGAGCGACAACGUGCACCUGUUGUACGGUGUGAGCAGGCUGUAUUGAGAGCAUUAUAUGCAUAUUUUGCGGACAGACCAUUGAGUGAAAUUCCCCAUAUUGAGGUACCUCUACAUACUGUAAUUGAGAUUCAGAUGGGGGUCACUGGCGUACAAGAGAAAAGAUACAAGCUUAUGUGACUGAGCUCUUGCAAGCUACAUGUAAUAUGAUACCACACAGAGAAAGCUAGCAGCAUAGAUAAGCUGUUAAUAUCACUGUAUGUUCCCAAUUUAAUACUCUAUCAUAUUUCAUUUAUCAAAUGUAACCUUGAGGAAAUCACCUUCACUUCUAUUGAUAAUAACUGAUACAAAUGCUAUUUGUUCUUGGUAUCGGAAUAAUCUGGUACCUUAGAUUUUCAGUUUCUGAUAUGUAUCAUAAAGAUCUCAGAAUGUAUACAAUUAAUCAUUCAUUAAAGAGGAAAGGUACAAGUUGUACA